AUGACAGAUGUACAGAGAAUUCACCCAACUGAGGAUUUGGAAGCACCACCAACUUCGCCAUUGGUGCCUCCUGGUUCAGCAAUUUCAGACAAAGCUACUACUCACGCUCCACCAUCACGUCCACCGCCGCCGCCCCCCUUACGCAACAAUUUUCCGGCAGCAAUCCACGGUGCUAUAGAAGCACCAAAGACAAAAAGAAGCUGUUGCUGCAAAUGCAUAUGUUGGACAAUAGGCAUUAUUUUCCUAGCAGUAAUUGUUAUAGGUGCAGUUUUUGGCAUUCUUUACCUUAUUUUCCAACCCAAAAUUCCCAAGUACUCUGUUGAUAGUUUGAAAAUAAGUGAUCUAAGGCUGAAUUGGGACAUGACCCUUUAUGCUAAAUUUGAUGUCAAGAUCACAGCCAAUAACCCCAACAAGAAAAUAGGAAUUUACUAUGAGAAAGGUGGCCACUUGAGGGUUUGGUAUGCAGGCACCGAGCUCUGUUCAGGAUCUAUACCAAAAUUCUACCAAGGUCACCAAAACAUAACAAAGCUGGACGUGAGCUUGACCGGACAGACGCAGUAUGGAAGUAGUUUGAUGGCUGCAUUACAAGAGCAACAACAAACAGGAAGAAUUCCACUGGACCUUAAAGUUAAAGCACCUGUGUCUGUUAAACUUGGAAGAUUGAAGCUAAGGAAGGUAAGAAUCUAUGGGGAUUGCAUUGUGGUGGUAGAUAGCUUAUCUACCAAUAAUCUUGUUAGCAUUAAAACUAGUAAAUGCAAGUUUAGGUUGAAGCUCUGAUUUUCUUUUUAUUUUUAUAUAUUUGCAUUCGGUUCCCUAUUUUUUAAAUUUUAUGACAAUC